AUGGCCCCACAGAAAGUGAAAACAAAGAUCUUGAUCAAUUUUGAUCUUCCAGGGUACAAGAGAAAACUAGAUACCAGUACUUAUCUUUUGGGUACGAUUCAUCCUUUCCACAAAACGCACAGAUCUCUUGGUGGAAAGUUUACCCAAGAAUUUCUGCUGGUGUCAGCUGAUAGGCGGUCUUGGAAGAUCUUGCUCUUUGGAUUGUUAAACUUGAUUUGCACAGGCUUUCUUCUGAUGUGGUGCAGCUCUACAAAUAGUAUGGGAUGCAAGGAGGUGGAAGGGAGAGAGAAACUUGGUGACAUUGCAAUUAGAGGGAAGAGGCACUCAGCAAACUGGAGCUGUGGGCUAAGACAAACAACUCACCAAGAGCCACCAGCCAACUCGAUUUAACAGCCUGCAGAUGAUCAAGCAAUGCUGGCCACACUUGCGAGCAUUGGGAGUUGGUGGUGCAGGAUGUGGACUGCAGGGACUAGCCUCUUUAGGUAAUUGUCAGGAUAAAUUUCAGAAGUGUCGUUUCAGAUUCGCACGUGAUUUAAGAGUCCUGGAGGUUCAGGUACGUAAUUCUUUGAAAUUUGCAUCACAGGUAAUUAGGGGGGUUAAGCAGGCAUUUAGUACACUUGCCUUUGAGCUUAGGAAUUGGGAUGUCAUGAUACGGUUGUACAGGACAUUGGUGAGACCUCUUCUAGAGUACUGUGUGAAGUUCACACUGUUAUGUGAAGAUUUUAUUAAACCGGAAAGUGUUCAAAAAAGAUUUACCGGGACGUUGCUGGGACUGGAGGGUUUG